ACCGCUAGGCCGCUAGGCCGCCGACUGCCGACAGUCAAAAAUGGCCGGAGCCAGCGACUGGUUUAGCAUCGGGAGCACGGUGCUUUGUAAAACCUGCCACGAGCAGGAGAUAGAAGGUGAGGUACUGGCAUUCGAUCCACAGACCAAAAUGCUGAUACUAAAAUGUCCAUCGUCGAGUGGUAGACCCUCGUUAAACGAUGUACACAUAGUAAAUUUAUCUCUCGUAUCUAAUGUUCAAGUGAUACGAGAAGUUAGUCCUACUACCAGCGAACCACCACAGAGCCUUAAUUUACAAAGGCUAAAUACAAGAGUUCGUAAUCAGGUUGAAGAGAAGAAGAGACUGGUAAUGGCUCUGCAGGCCGGAGUAUCUCCAGAGGGACAGAAACUCUUUAUUGCUAUUUCAAAGACUAUUCAAGAUAUUACGUGGAAUGGAGCUAAUAUUGUUGUAUUUAAUAAUGUCACUAUUAGACCACCAUACAAAGUGGACAAUGUGCAUGGAAACACAGAAUCUGGAGCAUAUAGACAUGUAAAAAAAGUGGUUGAGAAACACAUUAAAGAUACCGCUCAAGCGCAGCAACAACGGGAACAACAGCAACAGCAGACACAGAAAGGCGGCGAACUGCAAUAAGAGUUCAAAAAGGCACUACACCAUCAAGAUUGUCAAAAAAACUUUUCAAGCAAUCCCAAUGUUUGAUGAGAAAUAGGAAGAAUUAACGGGAUAUUAAACACGCAAAACAGCCUGACAACAGAACAACAUAGAUAAACCUAGAUCGCGGAAAAUCGGCAUCUUCGAGCGAAUUCCAGUCCGUUUGUUGAAUGGAAGAAGGACAAAUGAAGUGCAAAUUCAAAGAAAAAAUUUCACACAUUCUUAAUCCGAGUAUUGUUAACAGUAUCGCAUGUGCAGCAUUUUAUAAAUACAAUCAGAUGUAUUAUUCGUAAU